UUUGAAGCAAAAAGUGAGAGCGUCAUUCUCCCAUCAUUAUCCUGUCGUCACAGAACGUCAGAAAUGUCUCAGACAGCAGCUAGAGCUAAAGCGAAGCCCACACUAUAAAGAGGAAAAGCGUCUUUUCUGGCGUCAGUCCACCUAACACUCAUUCAUCAGGCCCCGCCCGCUCCCCAUCCCCCGUCUCGGGACAGACCAAAGCCGCGCCGGCGCGCCGCAGACAGCCCUGGCGGGGCCUUUCCUACCUCCUGACGCCGGGGUCCUCCCUCACGUUUCUUUCUGUGCCUGCGAACAUGGCGGCACCCAUUGUCACGGCCCCGGGCGGAGCUCUGCUGCGGGCGGGCGCAGAGCGGCUGCUGCGGGGAGGCCUCCGGGAGCUACUGCGGCCGCGACAUGAAGGGGACACCCCUGGCCUGGAGCGCGACUUCAGCCUCUCUCAAAAUCGGGACACGGUCAUCGUGGAGCGCUGGUGGAAGGUACCGCUGGCCGGGGAGGGCCGGAAGCCGCGCCUGCACCGGCGACACCGAGUCUAUAAGCUGGUGGAGGACACUAAGCAUCGUCCCAAAGAAAACCUGGAGCUCAUCCUCACGCAGUCCGUGGAGAAUCUUGGAGUCCGGGGUGACCUGGUCUCAGUGAAGAAAUAUUUUGGCCGGAAUCGACUCCUUCCUCAGGGACUGGCUGUAUACGCAUCUCCUGAAAACAAGCAGCUGUUUGAAGAGGAGAAAUCGCUGAGACAAGAAGGAAAAUUAGAGAAGAUCCAGACCAAGGCAGGUGAGGCGACAGUGAAAUUUCUUAAAAGCUGUCACCUGGAGGUAGGGAUGAAGAACAAUGUCAAAUGGGAACUGAACCCUGAAAUUGUUGCCCGCCACUUCUUCAAGAAUCUGGGUGUUGUGGUCGCCCCACAUACAUUAAAGUUACCAGAAGAGCCUAUCACACGGUGGGGCGAGUACUGGUGUGAGGUGACGGUAAAUGGGCUUGAUACUGUGAGAGUGCCUAUGUCUGUGGUGAACUUUGAGAGGCCCAAGACCAAAAGAUACAAGUACUGGUUAGCCCAGCAAGCUGCCAAGGGCAUGACCCCCACUGGCCCCCAGAAGAUCUAAACCUACUUUUCCUCCAAGGCGGCAAAGCAGAAUCAGGAGCGGUGGCACAGAAAUGGGCAAGCACCCUGAUCUCACUCCAGCUCUGACCAAAUACAGAAUUUUAGAGAACACCUGAAGACAGCAGACCACACUGCGUACAUAUGUUGAAUUCUUCAUUUUGCCAUCCCUAACUGUCAUCACUGGGGCAGUCUGGUUCCAGAAGUCCCAGGCUGUAGACUGGAGAAGCUGCGUACAAUAGACCAAAACCGUCCAGAUCCCGUUUAGCUUCUUCCUCCAGUGGAGUUUAUUGGGACAAACAGAAGAGCCAGCCAUUGUCUCCAGUACUUGCCUCAUUCUCAUGAUCCAAACUGAACAUUUCUAUCCCAAGCAGAAAUAAAGAGAUUAUGUCCUU